AGCGGAAGUCAUGCGCCGGACCGUUGCUAGCGCGCCUGCGUGGGCGGGUACCGUCCACCUGCGGGGAUCUGUGUAGUAGCUGUCCCUUCGAAAGGGCGGCCGAUGGCUCCGGUGUCUCGGUCCCGCUACCCCGAGGACACCGUAGGCUCUAGGAGACGGCGAUGCAGCUCGUCCGGGAGCCCGCCUUCCGCGCAGGCCAGACGCUCCCCUUUGGGCGGCCGUUCCCACUUUUACUCCCGCGGCCGCGAGGGCCUCAGGCCUCCGUGGGGUGGGUCGGGCGUUGGCGCUCUUUAUUCCCUUAGCGGUUCUGGGUCUCGGGAGCGGUCCCCAGGGCUCCGCAACUUCUCAUCCUCGUCCUCUUCUGUCUAUUAUGGGGGAUACCGCUACCAUCACCAUCACUAUGUGGGCGACAGGCAAUGGGCAGAAGACUACGAGAAGGAGAAGGAGGAGAACUAUCGCCAGAGAAGGCUGAAAGAGAGAGAAAGAAUUGGGGAGUUGGGAGCUCCUGAGGUGUGGGGACUGUCUCCAAAGCUUCCUGAGCCGGAUUCAGAUGAACACACCCCAGUUGAGGAUGACGAGGUAAAGACUAAGAAGACCAGCAGUUCAGAUUCCAGCUCCGAAGAAAAAAGGAAAAAGAAGACCAGUCAUUCAAAAAAGAAGAGGAAGAAAAAGUCCAAAAGAAAAUAUAGGAAGUAUUCUGAUAACAGUGACAGUAAUUCAGAUUCCAACACUGAUUCUAGCUCUGAUGAUGAUGAUAAAAAGAGACCCAAAAAAGCCAAGAAGAAAGAGAAGAAAAAGAAACACAGAGCUAAAAAGCCCAAGAAAAAGAAGACCAAGAAGACUAGAAAAGAAUCCAGUGACUCAAACUAUAAGGAUUCAGAAGGGGAGUUGCCAGAAGGUAUCUGGAUUGAGCAGUCAAAGAUUGCAGAUAACAUGGAUCUAAUAGGUCCGGAAGCACCUAUAACACAGAUCUCUCAAGAUGAGAAGCCUUUGAACUAUGGCCAUGCUCUGCUUCCAGGUGAAGGUGCAGCUAUGGCUGAAUAUGUAAAAGCUGGAAAGCGUAUCCCUCGAAGAGGUGAAAUUGGGUUGACAAGUGAAGAGAUUGCUUCUUUUGAAUACUCAGGUUAUGUUAUGAGUGGUAGCAGGCAUCGCAGAAUGGAGGCUGUUCGACUGCGCAAAGAGAACCAGAUCUAUAGUGCUGAUGAGAAGAGAGCCCUUGCAUCCUUUAACCAAGAAGAGAGACGGAAGAGAGAGAAUAAGAUUCUAGCCAGUUUCCGAGAGAUGGUGUAUCGAAAGACAAAAGGGAAAGAGGACAAAUAAGGACUUCUGUUUUGAAGCAGGACUUUUAACAAUAGUUUUAUACGACCCAAAUUAAAAGGCUUUAUGGUGCUACUGUGCCUGUUAUGUUAAUAAGUUCCUUGAGAAAAAGCUGCUUUUUGAGACCUCUUGAGCAGUUUAUUUUUUGUUACAUUUAACUUUAAAGGUAAUACGUGUACGUGAUUUAAAAAAUGUUCAAACUGCAGGAGGAGCGUCAAUAAAAUGUGAGUCUUUUACCCCA